AUGAUUCCCUAUUCAACUCAACAGCAAAGCCUGGACCGUGAUAUGCCUUCGUCCUUAAACGGAACUAUCAACAGCGAUAACAACAAAGCAGGGCCAAAUGCCACCAGCUUGACUUAUGAUACCCCGAGUCCACAACAACAACACACCAAUACAAGCUUCACUACCACAUCAAUUUCGAGUUCUGACUAUGCCCUCAAAGUGAUAUUCAGUCAAUUUGAACACAUGGCAGACGCUAAAAUGUCCAUCAUCUUGAAUAUGGGUGUCGAUGCAGAUGUAGAUUUAAAGAGGAUAUUGGGCCAAGGCAGUGAUCCAAACUUUGACAAACUGAUUUAUUCGCUCUCUUCGUUAGCAGCGACACAACAAAGUGGAGUGAUUGACGCUGUCAUGCGUUGGAGAAAGGUCAAGGUCGAACCUUUGGAUCCCUUAUUGAUCAAACGAGUCAGUGAUUCGGCUCCACUGUCCCGAAGUCGUGAGAUCCAAUCUGUGCUAAAGGAAAGACAAUCACUUGCGUCUGUCUUUAUUCUCUGCAGAGCCUUGAUUGAAAUCAUCAAACGACUGACACCAGGAUCAUUGCCAGACGAUCUCGGUGAGAAUUUGGAGGAAAUUGUGUUUAAUCAGCUCAAAAAGGCCGAUCCAGAUGCCAUCAAACGAUCCAAAAACCGGACAGCCAGCAUGGAUCUAUUUGCUGAAUUGAUUGGCGAGCUUUCCAAUAUUCGAUUUGCCUCUGUCAGUGAUCGAUUUAUAGCUGAAUUAGAGAAAUACAAUAACCAAACCAUCAUGAAGGAGCGACAGGGACAUAUGGAGAUGCUGAUCAAGGGCAUGCGCUAUCUGAAGAUCAAGAUUUACCCAGUGGAUGCACUGGAGGAAACAGCUGAUUUCCUGUCCAGUUGUGCCAGCUUUUUCAAAAACGCACAUGGCGCCAAAGUCAAGCACGCCUAUGCCAAGCUGUUUAUUCAAUUAUUGCUGCCCAUUGCUCAAGUCGCUGUAGCCGAAGUCAAUUUUCCAUCAUGGGCCAAAGCCGUGGAUCUGAUGUACCCACGUGCCAUCAAGAUGACGCUUAAACCAAGACACAUUUUAGCCGGCUAUCCGCUAGUAACAACACUGCUAUGUGUGAGUCGAAAAGAGUUCUUUGCAGCCAAUUGGUCUCAUGUGCUGGAGAGUUGCUAUCAAAAGUUCAACAAGGACAAAUAUACCCGUCUAGUGACACUCGGCUGUGUGUCUCGACUGACAUGGACCUACCUAUUUCGAUGCACUGAAAGCACGGCCAUCACCUUUAAAAAGAUGGAUCUUAUUAUCAAGACGCUGUUUCCGCCCUUUCGACGUGCAGUGAAUCCAGCAGAUGCACCAUUGGAGCAUCUCAUUUUGAUUGUCUAUUUUUCGCUGAUGCGCGAUGUGGAUUCAGGCACCAAAAAGAUACUGUUUUACCUACUCAACACAGAAGCUUCUUCAGCAAGCAAUUCUCACAAUUGGGAUCUGAUCAAUCCAGAGCGCAUGAUUGUAGCACUGACCGCCUUUCGCCUGAUGCUGGCUGAUCUGGAGAACAGUGUGCAGCAGCCACCGUUCCCUGUCGACGUGGACAUGGCCGGAUGCGAUAUUCCCAUUAUGUGCACCGCAGAUGUGUUUUCAGGGCCUAUUCGUGCUGUCAAACCUGAAGUGACGGAAAAGGUAGAAGAGAUCAUCUCCAAGACACUGUCCAGCUUGGAUCAGACGUUUGGUCGAUUGCUGGUGUUGGAUGAAAAGAACAUCAUAAUGCGUGCUGCCCAAAUGGCAAGCAGUGUCAACAACAGCACCAUCACCACCAAUUACUCGGUGCCCAUCUUUGCCAACACAGUAGGCUCCUCAGAAGGACCUCAAAUCCACCACCAAUAUGCCAGUUUCAGUGUGUCUUACACCAAGGACAAACAAGCCUACUUUGAUGUCAUCAAGACCAUCAUUGACGGCAUGCCUCGUAUCAUGCCAGCAGGGAUCCAACUGCGUACCUUGGUAGACAUUCUGUCCAGAUACACGGUUCACACAGAUCCUGAAAUCAUCAAAUCAGCCUCCAAGGCACUACUCCGAAUCGCUGCACAGAUCGAUAGUCAGACGGUAGUAGUGGGGUUCUCGCACUUUAUAUGCAAAAUUGAAGACAAGUUUUCAGAUGUGAUACAGUCGCUAGCAAGUGGGCCACUGACCAUGACAUCGUCGGGUGGAAGUAGCUCCAGCCAAAUGAAUGGUGGUGUCAUUAAGCUGUACGUGGACUUGCUGUCCAUCUGGAUCGACCAAGUGGACGAGACAUGUCUGGAUGACCAGAAGACCAGGUUGGCUGAUUUAGUCAGAGAGACUGAGGCAAACGGUCUCUUGUUUCUAUGCAACCAGUCUCCUUCCAUUCGCAAAUUUGCAGUACAAAUCAUCAAGAUGGCAGCCAAGUUGGCCGGCAAGCUUAGCAAGGAAGAAGCACAUCUCAGCCAACUACUGGAAACAGCAGGCCAGGGACUGAUUCAAUUCGACAAGGACACCAAUGCAUUGCGAGGCCAUAAACUGACAUCCGAUGUGCGUAAUCGUGUGCUUCAACAUCAACGUCGUGGAAUGGACCAUGUGCUUGGCGUGAUUGCAGAGAGCGACCAUGUCGCCGAUAUCGCUAUUUGGAACAUGUGCCUACCGCAGGUAUUCAAGCUGUGUUUUGAGAGGUUCCCCAAGGUGACAGCCGAAUGUCGUCAAGGCAUCUGUACUCGAUUACUGCAAAUUCAGCCUUCCAUUUUGGCCUGGGUGGAGACCAUGAAAGCGGGUGCCACGGGCACACUGAGCAUGGCAAAGAGCAGCACGAAUCACAACAAGACAGCGAGUCCUGAGACCAUUGAACAGUGGCGCAUCUACCUUGUGUUUGCCUGUGCUACUGCUGUGCGUGUCGACAGUCCAACCAUCUCCAUGCCCAUAUGGUCGCAUGUGGGUCGCAAAGGAUCUGCUAGCAUUGAAAGGAUCUCCAGUCCUCGCGACUUGUUUCGUUUGGUAUCGCCCUAUUUAACGUGUGAGCACCGUCCUAUCCGCGAAAGUGCGAUUGAAGGUCUAGGCAACAUCAAUCACAAUGUCUACAAAUCACUGAUGUCUGAAUUGGAGGGCUAUGUCAAGAUGAUACUGGAUGACGGCAAACAGCGCAACAAUCAAAAGCCAUAUCAGAACAAGCGAAGCAAAAAGAAUGACCGUCUGCGUAUCUCUGUCAUGCACGUGCUGGAACUGACUGCUGGCUGUUUAGCAGAUGGUGAGGCUGUCAAGGACAAGGAGCUAAUGAACAUCAUCAUGAGCUAUAUCAAGGAAACCAAGGCGUUCUUGGGCGACACGGAAGUACAAAUGGAGUGGGAGUAUCAGCGUCUCAGGAUUUAUCUGUGUGGUUUGGUAGAGAAACUGUAUCAGAGUUUGAUGCAAUUAGAGGAUGCAACAGCAUGGAUGUCGUUUGAAACGAGGUUAAGCUUGUACAAGAUGUUUGAGGAGUGGUGUGGUUACGGUGCUACAGCCAAGACGUCGCGGCAGCGCGAAGCUACCAUGAUGCGCGAUGUAUUAGAGCAGUGCAAAGAUCCCAAGGAGAGAGCGAGUAUGACGCAGUUGAUGGAGGAAGAGCGAAAGGCUUUGGAAGCAGCGUCGCUCAGUGCCAUGUCCACUUUGCUGCGCGGUCCGUUGUAUGCUUAUCUAGGGCAAAAGAAGGCGAGACAGGCCAUUAUUCAAUUUGAUACAUUGAAUGUGCUACGCUGGAUUGAUGCCAUCUUUGAGAGCCGUGAUCCAAAUUACCACACUAUUGCUCGUCGCUCACUGGAAGCUGUCAUGAUCUACAAUCAAGACCAAACUGUCCUUUUAGACGACAUCAUUGAGCAAUGCUAUGCUGGCAAUCCCAAACUGGAAUUCACGCAAGGCUAUUUUCAAGCACUAGCAGAGAUUGUUACUCAAGUUGAAGAUUACCCUUGCCACAUUCAUCAAAUCAUGAGUUUAGCACUGUUUAAAUCAGGCGAUGCGAAAAAGGCCAUUCGAAAGACGGCCAUCAACCUCCUGCGUGUCAUUGAAGAGCGUGUGUUUGCCGAUUCGUGUGCUAAAGAGUACGAGAUUGGUAUCACAAGCAGCCUACCUGCCAUCUACAAACACACGCAAACACUGCUGUCUGCACGCUUAGCACUGGACCAUCCUGAACAAACGUACUCGAUGCUGUCUGAAAUCACACAGCGCUUUGAACACAUCAGCCCCAACUCACAACGCGAAGUACUGACCUACAUGCUGCCCUGGCAUCGUAAAGUGGAUCUCAGUGUGGGCCCUCAUGAUACCGAAUUGAGUGCCUCUGCUUACAUGGUGCUGACCAACUUGUAUUACAUUACGGUCAAGUUUGGCGAUAUUUACGUCAAGGAAACAGCCGCUCUGUGGAGCCAACUGGUGGACUACGGUCGCAAUGUCAGAGCCAUCAUCAUGUACUUGCUAGAUAUGGGCCAGGAAACGCGCAAUCCUUGGUUUUUGAUUCAUGCUAAACGCGUGUUUGUCUGUCUGGGCCGUACGCACGCUUUUGCCACAGUGACAGAGGAGGUCAUUGCUGAAAUCACACCGAGGUCUAUGGUCCCUCAGCUCAAAGAAACAAGCAGUCGUCAUGCGCACGCGUUUCCCAUGCUGUUUGUAGCAGACACAGAGAAGGUGCUUCCAAGCUAUCCCAAGCGCCCUGUGUUCUCAAGAGGCCAACUGGCCAUGGUGUUUUUGGUGGAUCUAGCCAUUGAAGCAGGCGCUGAUCUAGCACCCCAUUUACCGUUGCUGUUGCAUAGCAUCUUUGUGCAACUAGAUCAUCUUACCAGCAUCGUGUGCGAUCAGUCUCGCUGUUUCUUGAUCAACUUGAUUCACUCAAUUGUAGUGCGACAAUCCAUCGACUCGGAAGCGUCUCAAAAGGCAUCUGAAAUCAUUCAAUGGCUAGUCAGUAAAGAAGGCAAACGUCUGUGGGCUUACGAGAACAUUACACCUGUGAAUCGACGCAUCACCAGCGCGGAUGAGAUCAAGGCAUUACUGCAACAAGUCGUCAGUGUGUUUUCGUACGAGGAUAAAGAUUUACGUCAAAAGUGGGGAGAGACAGCACUCAAGUGGGCCACCUGCUGCUCGGUAAGACACAUUGCCUGUCGCUCAUUCCAGUGUUUCCGUGCCUUGAUGCCUGCCUUUAAUCAGCACAUGCUGGCGGACAUGCUCGCUCGUCUCUCCAACACCAUUGCCGAUAAAUCAGAGGAAAUUCGCGGGUUUGCACUGGAGAUUAUACUGACAUUGACAGAGGUGGCUAAAGCAAUGGACAAGACGCAAAUGGAGCAGUUUCCACAGCUGUUCUGGGCUGCCGUGGCCUGUUUGUACAGUCCCUACGAAUCGGAGCAUUGUGAGGCAUUGCUGUUGCUGGAUGUGGUGCUGCAAAAGAACGACUUUAACCCCAAGCUGGCAGAAAGCUUUCCCAAGAACUGGUCAAGUGAAUUUGAUGGAUUACAGCCGCUGUUACUCAAGGGUCUACAAUUCUCGUCAGCUGAAAAGGAGACCUUCCAUAUCCUGGACUACAUCUCCCUGCAAGACAAUUUACCGCUUAUUGAUCCCACAGAGACCAGACUCAUGUAUUUGUUAUUAGGCAGUAUUCCGCGUUUGCUGCAUGGAUUAGAUGAGCAGGUAGUGGAUCCAGAUGCUGUGGCGUGGUGCAACAAGCUGGUCAAACUGUUUGAAGAUUACGGCUUGCCAGGUAUUCAGCGUAUCCUGGCUACAUAUCCCAUCCAAAAAUCCAAAUUCCAAGAAGAUUUCCUCAACCAAAUCUUGGGCAGCAUGCGUGAUGUCUUUUUCACGCAGUAUUGUCAGCAGGCUUUCAUGUUUGCUUUGCUGAUGGUCAAGAACAAGGAUCCUCAUUACCGAGACAAGACGCUGCUGUUGAUAGAGAAUUUGGUGCCCUAUGUCACUGGUAAAAUGGUGAGAACAAGUACCGUGGUCUCCAUUGAUAUCGCUGUAUUGGAGCCACUGCUACAACUCGUGCCCACAGAAUACGCAGAUCGUGCUCUGUUUGUGCUCAACUCGGGCAUUCAUGCCUUUAUCACAUCCAACGACGAUAACAGCAGCAGCCUGACAAACGACGCUGAAUUGAUCUGGGGAUUCAACAAUUUUGCAGCAGCCGCUAAAAUCACACGACACAACAUUCACGCGGUUGUAUUCGAGUGCUCAUCUAUUACCAAUGAGGCGCCCAUAGAACACAAUAUCCAAUUCUCGGUGGAAGACUUUUCCAUGAUGACGGGCGAAGCAGCUUCUGUAGCUGCUGCUGCUGCAAAUAUGGGCUCGGAGCGUAGAGAAGAGAUGCGCAUGUCGACCAUGGCUGACGGCAUUCCCAUCCUGAGUGGUACAUCUCCUGCUACUGCUGCUGUUGUUUAUGGCGAUGAUUUGAUGAACGCUCUCAAGGAUCUGGAUGACUUUUUCAAUGAAGAUGGUGAACCUAUCUCGCCUUCCAGUUCUAGUCAGUUGUAUAUGGGUGUGCCUCAGGGUGAUCUUAGUGGAUCAUCAGGUCCUACUACACCAAAUAACCUGAAUGAAUAA